GAGGUAUCGUGAGCUUCACCACCGCACUUCUGCGACUCCUCUCUAGUCCCUUGUUCCCAUCUUUGACGCCAGGCAGACCGAUCAAGUUAUUACGAUAUCCCACGCUGGGUUUUCCCUUUACGAAACAACGAAGUUACGAUCUUCAAUUCAAUUCAGACUACAGGGUUUCUUGUCAAACAAGCCAACAUAACGGCGUUUCGCUCGUCUAUUUAUUGACUUCAGCUGUCAAUUCUGUUAUUCUGGCCAAUCUGCAUUUAAGGCGCUUGAGAUAAGAAUCAAUAUCCAAUCUAUCAUAAUGGCAGACUCUGGCGCCCCUCCUGCUGGUUCCCAGCUCCCACCCCCACCACCGCCCCAGCCCAAUGCUGGCGCUCCUGGGUUUGAUAGCAACCAGAAUGGCCAAGGAAACCCGGCGCAUCUACCCCCUCCACCGCUGCAUAUUCCACCUAACACGAAUCCUAUCCCUACGGCAAUCACAUCACCCAUGUCAGCUGUUGAUAAAAAUUCUGUGCUAUCUCCUACUAGUGGAGGACCUUUCCCACGUCGAGUCGCGCCUGAGCCUAAUAAGCGUGCACUUUAUGUUGGCGGACUUGAUCCCCGCGUUACAGAAGACGUUCUACGGCAAAUUUUCGAAACAACUGGGCAUGUUCAGAAUGUCAAAAUUAUCCCAGACAAAAACGGGUACAACUACGGAUUUGUAGAAUAUGACGAUCCCGGUGCGGCUGAGCGUGCCAUGCAGACUUUGAAUGGCCGUCGAGUACACCAGGCUGAGAUUAGAGUCAACUGGGCCUAUCAGUCCAAUACUACGAACAAGGAGGAUACCUCAUCCCACUUCCACAUUUUUGUCGGCGACUUGUCCAAUGAAGUCAACGACGAGGUCCUUCUCCAGGCGUUCUCUGCUUUCGGUACCAUUUCUGAAGCUCGUGUCAUGUGGGAUAUGAAGACGGGACGGUCGCGAGGAUAUGGUUUCGUAGCUUUCCGUGAGCGCGGUGACGCCGAAAAGGCCUUGAGUUCUAUGGACGGAGAGUGGCUGGGUUCUCGCGCUAUCCGAUGCAACUGGGCUAACCAGAAAGGCCAACCCUCUAUCGCCCAACAGCAAGCCUUACAGGCAAUGGGCAUGACACCCACUACACCUUAUGGUCACCACCAUUUCCCAACCCAUGGUAUUCAGAGCUUCGACAUGAUUGUUAGCCAGACCCCUGCUUGGCAAACAACCUGUUAUGUGGGGAACCUAACCCCUUAUACAACCCAAAACGAUCUUGUUCCGCUAUUUCAAAAUUUCGGUUAUGUGACGGAGUCUCGAUUUCAAGCGGAUCGUGGCUUUGCGUUCAUCAAAAUGGAUACGCACGAGAAUGCCGCCAUGGCAAUAUGCCAGUUGAACGGCUACAACGUCAAUGGCAGGCCUCUGAAGUGCAGCUGGGGAAAGGACAAAACCCCCAGUAACCCUCAAGGGAACUUCGACCCGUCGCAGCAACAGGCGUUUAGUCCUCAGAGUGCUCAGCCUUCCGCGUACCCGGGCACACCGUCAACCUUUUUCCCCCAGUACGGAGGUCAAUACGGAGGACAGCAGCAAGGGUAUGGUGGCCCUCCCGCUCAGUCGCCCGCCGGGUACGGAGCUCAGCCUAUGGGUUAUGCUGGGCCGCCGAGCGCAGGAGGCUACUCCCGUGGACAGCAGCCCCCAAAUCAACAGUGGAGUCAGCCUCCCCCGAACCAAAACUUCAACAGUGCCUACCCCGGCUUUCAGGGCUAGCACCCCCGACAGGCUGAGAGCGAUUGUGGCUUCGUGACUGCCAAAUAGGGUGCAAUUGUUUUGCUUCUUGACGAGGGGCUUAGGAAGGGUUGUCGCGGAAGUUGUCAGCAAAAUUUCGAUUACAGAUGUAGGUUAGCCCCAGUGUUAGCAUCAAGAGC